CACAAGUAUUGUUCAACAGGGCAGGCAUGUCGUGGCAGGCUGUGUGCUAUAUAUACUCUCACUCCCAUUUCAAAAAAAAUAUUCGAACACUUUCACCACCACGAUACAACUAAUCCCCAGCAACAAUACUGGAAGAGAAUCGAAAGUUAAAAACCAGAACUUGAUUAAUUUGUUGAUUGCAUAGCAACCCUUGAUUUUGAUCAUUGCAAGAAUCUACUUGGUUGAUUUUUCUUUUUAUUGUAAGAAUACGUCAUGGAGGUUAGGCCAAAUGAGACGGUCGAUAACUCGACGCAGUAUCGGCGACAUGUACCAGCAACUCCUUCGAAGCAACCUGUUGUUCCUCCUAACACAGUUGAGACCACCUCCGUUUCUCAGAGGUUACAGAAGGAAUUAAUGUCUCUCAUGAUGAUUGGAGGAGAUCUUGGAGUGUCAGCUUUUCCUGAAGGCGAGAGCAUUUUUGCAUGGAUUGGUACAAUUGCGGGUGGAGAGGGAACUGCCUAUGAGGGAUUAUCGUACAAGCUCUCUCUACGGUUUCCUCUAGAUUACCCUUUCAAACCUCCCCAGAUCAAAUUUGAGACGAUGUGCUUCCAUCCAAAUGUUGAUCAAUUUGGGAACAUAUGCCUUGAUAUUCUCCAGGAUAAGUGGUCUUCAGCUUAUGAUUGCAGAACCAUUCUUUUAUCCAUUCAAAGUCUCUUGGGAGAACCCAACCCGGAUAGUCCCUUGAACAGCUACGCUGCCGAACUCUGGAGUAACAAGGAAGAUUACAAAAGGAAGGUCCACAAACAGUAUUAUGCUGGAGAAGCAUUUGAGAGUUGAGCUGCGAGCUCCUCCUGUCCUUGAUUCCAUCAGAAAAUGUUAGCACUUCACGCUGUUGCUCUUUAAAGGUUUAGGGGAGGAGUCUGGAGUCAGUUUGGAUACUUGUAUGAACGAAUAUUAAAGAACUCAAACCCGCAUCAUUUGUCAGGAUAGUUCUGUCCAUUGCCUUCUCUGAUUAGACGAGUGACAUCUCUUUCUUGUAAUUAUUAUAAAAACAAACUCUACAAAGUUGCAUGGAAAGUUUUUCUAAGUCAAUGAAAAGCUAUUUUGGUUUUAUAUAUAA